AGUUUCAGUGUUUCCGGGGGGAGGGUGUCUGUAGUUCAGCUGUUUUGUAACAUGCUUGAUUCUUCUUGAGCAGAGAGAGAGCAUUGGAGAGCAGGACGGGGAACAUGGAGAGCGGCCACGGGCAGCAAGUCACCACAGUGAAACUUGUGGAAAGUAGCGCGAGGCCCUCGGGGGUCCAGCUGGUUAGCACCUAUCAAACCAAUCGUAUAGGAGAUCCCUCCAACCUUGUGGAACUUGCCCAGCAGGUGCAAAAGGCAGAUGAUUUCAUAAGGGCCAAUGCCUGUAAUAGGCUAACCGUUAUAGCAGAGCAGAUCAGAAUGUUGCAGGAGCAAGCAAAGAAGGUAUUAGAAGAAGCCAAGAGAGAUGCUGAUCUGCACCAUGCUGCAUGUAACGUGGUAAAGAAACCAGGGAAUAUUUAUUACCUCUAUCAGCGGGAAAGUGGACAGAGAUAUUUCUCCAUUCUCUCUCCAAAGGACUGGGGUCCAAGCUGUCCUCAUGAAUUUCUUGCCGCGUACAAACUGCAACAUGACAUGUCCUGGACUCCCUUUGAGAAAAUUGAGAAGAGAGAUGCUGAAAUUAACAUUAUUGAUAAGUUACUGAAUGAGCAGAUUGCACUUCCUUCCAGUGCCGAGCCCAACUUCAGAGGACUGACCAAUUAACCAGGCCCUUAGACUUCAUGUGUAUAAGUAGCUGAGGAUCAGACGUCGGUGCCUUGUGUACAGUACCAAUGCCCUGUCUUUUACCUCGCCUCAUGGAUGCUCGCCCCUUACCAGAAGGGAAAUCUAGUGCUCUGCUGUAAAUAGGACUGUUUUAUUGAGUGGGUUGUUCCUUUAAAUUGUUAAAAUAAUGAAAUGUUCAGAGAGAUUGGAGAUGUAUUUUUUAUUUACUAAUUUUAUUGAAAAUUGUACAAAAUAUCAGUGAUCCUGAUACAGCUCAAAUAACUAUUAAAGGCAUCUGUUUUCUCUAAAACUGCUGUGUCCUCUCUACUUUGAUUGACAGGACUAGGCAGUGUAAACGUGAUCACACCUGGCCCUAGAGCAGAGCCUUUAGGUGUAACUGUAACGCCCCCGUUGCUCCUAGAGGCUC